CUGAGCUCGCCGUUAUCGACGGAGCCGUGUUGUGAUGAAGUGGGGUUGAGUUCGUUGGAUGGAGAGGUUGCUCGUGAGCAGCUGUCUUUUUUGGUUCGUAAGAUGAAGCUUGCUGAUGGCCGCAAGUCGUGGUCGGAGAUUGCCGAAUAUGUUAUUUUUGCUGAGGUAGGUACUCUUACGGGAAGUGAAGCAGAAGACAGGGUAAGCGCGAGUUUGAUCGAGGAAGGGACCGGGUUUCUUUUUGAUGAGCACGGGAAAAAUUUGGUGGCGGAGCCUGGUGUUGGAGGGUAAAUUGUCUUUGAAAACGCCUCAUGUUGUCUCGAGUUUGUCAUCUUUGGUGAAGAAGACUAUGUUGGAAACUGUCCGGGAACAUGAGCAGAUGCAGUUGGCGAAAUCCUUUCGAGCGAGAGAGUCAUCGUCGAAAACUACAAGUUCCUCUGACGGUAGUUCGUACUCGAGUUCUCAUAGUGAGGAAUCUGCGGAUGGCGCUGAUGUUGCUAUUGAAUCUGAUAACGUUGCUGGAGAUGACAGACGAGAUGAAGAAGUUGAAAGCGUUGAUGUUGAAGAUGAUGGUGCUCUGGGAAGCGCCGGUGAUGAUCAGAAUGGAACCGGUGACGUUAAUGUUGAUGAGGAAAGUGAGCAAGACGAGUUUGCUAGUGACGGUGAUCAUGCUGCUGUUGGAGAUGAUGAGAUGGGUGACCGAGAUGGUGUAGAUGGACGUAGUGAUUUUAGUGGUGAGCGUGAUGAUUUUAGUGAUGAGCCGGAUAGUUUUAGUGGUGAGCAAAGCGGUGUUAGUGGUAGUCUAGGAAUCACUGUUGUAGGUGAUGAGAGGGAUGAUUCCGAUGGAGGCAGUGAUCGUCGAGCCAACGUUACCGAUAUUUUGAGAAAAAUAAAACUAGAAAGCUUGGCUGCCUCCCUUGCUGAUUCGCUUGAUGACUUUGGUGAUCCUUGUGGCUAUGUGAAGAAGAAAAAGAGGGUCAGGAAGGCGAGUGAAAGGCCUAGGAGUUUCAUAGGUCCUCUUGUUAAUCAUCCGGAUCCAUCGGAGUCAUUUCCUUCUAUUGUUGAUGAGGAUACAAUUAAGUGGAUCUCAGCCAACUGUUUCCAUAAUGGUGUCAUAGAAGCGCGUAUCCCUGGCGAGGAUGAACGUCUGUGGACAGUUCCGGAUGGGUGGCUUUGUGUUUAUGACUUCUGGUUCACCGAGUUUUAUUUGUGGUUUCGCCUCCCGAGGUUGCUGCUGGCGUAUUGUGAUGAACAUCUUAUUGCACUGGCUCAACUUACUCCUGCUGCGAUUCGAAACAUAGUUGUGGCUUUGUUCACGGCCGCAGAUAUUGGUGUUCACAUGAGCCUAUAUUUUUUUGAACGCAUAGCGCAUAUUACUCGGUGUGAUAAGACGGACGGGGCUUUUUAUGUGUCUAUGAAGACUGGCUGUGGUAUUGUUGGGGAGAGGAAGAGAAAAACGUUAUGUUGGAUUAAGAAGUUUAUUUAUGUUCGAAUUGCACCUUCGUCGGUCCCUGAUGUUUCUGAUAUGAGUGUCCCUUUUAGGAGUAGUUGGAAUCCUUACAAUGGUCGUCAUUUAGUUGGUGUUCCUCUUGCUCCUGGUGAAAGUGAGUGUGGAAUACUUCAAGGGGACGAAGGCUCGGGAUUGGACUGUGGUGAGGCGAUCGGAGCUUGUUGGAGAAAGAUGGAUUUGAGUGAGAUUCCGAGUUUGGUUGACUGUUUUGCUGGAGGUAGUGACGAUGCCUCUGUUGUUGAGUCUGGUCAUUGUACCGCCGGUGUGGAGCCUUUGGCAUCUGCUUGUAGUAUUGUUAUGGGUCUUACUAGUACGACAGUUCCUGUUAGGUCCGCUGGUGUUUCUGGAAAGGAAGUUGUUGUUGCGGGAGGCGAGAAGGUUGUGAAGAAAAGAGUUGCUGCUGGUCGUUCACCAAAAGACGUGCCCCCUUCGAAAUCUCGCAAAGUUGUGAGCUCUCAUGUUGAGCCGCCUUUGGUGGUUGAGUCGCCCGCUGCGAAGAAGGCUGCUUUUGAACCGUUUGAACAUUCGUUCAAUGGUUUGUCCUUGGGAUGUGGUGAUCUUUUUAAGUUGUUUCAAUCACCUGGUGGCGUUGAUGGUUUGCCUUUUGACCAAGGUAGGCGUGGUGAGUGGUAUCAGGAGUUCGCUCGUCACUUGGCUGUUGCUACAAAAUUUGCGAACAAAUUGGUGGUUAGUCAGGAUGAAGAGCUUGAAAAGGAGAAGGUGGAGCUUGAAAAAACGAAGGCUGAGCUUGCUUCUAUUAAGGACAAGGCUGAUAGUUCUGAAGAAAUGGCGGCUCUGCGCGGCAAGUAUGAGGCUGAGAAGAAAGUGUCCUCAGAUGCAUAG